AUGUCUGUGACCAUAAGCAGGACUGACGGGGUCACUGUAUUCAUUAUGAUCUCUGACCCUGACAGUCGUUGGCCUCCUCUGUGCCAGAUCCUGAGGAGCCUUUGCUACGGCCCAGUGUGCUGCUCCGUGUCUCAGCAGCUGAGGAACAUUCAGAGGGCAUCUCAGUCUGUGCAUGGGGCAAUGCACAUUAUAAUUGGGCUGCUUCAUAUUGGCCUCGGCACCAUCCUGCUCCCGAGUUACUCUGGUUAUUGGUUUCUGUACGACACUUACUUCCCUGUCUGGUUAGGAUCUCUCUUCAUUGUAUUUGGCGUCAUGUGAAUUUUGUCGGAGAAGCAUCCAAGUCCAUGUCUGGCCAUCCUCAAUGUGAUUGUCAACCUGGCUGGAGUUGAUUUAGCCAUUUGUGCCAUAGUGCUCUACAGCAUACAUGUGGGAAAUCUAUAUCUGUGGUAUUUCUGUGACCAGAGCGACUACUACCUGUCAUAUAUGCGCACAGCAGGAUGCCUUGAGGGUAAUUCUCUGGCUUUGAUGCUUCUGAAAGGCAUCGUUGGUGUCCUGAUCGUCCUGUCAGUCGUGGAGCUCUGUGUCACCAUCAGCUCUGCUGGGUUGGGGAUCAAAGCUCCGAGACGCACCAGCAAGGAACAAAACAAAACCUCGGAUGACCCGGAGUAUUACAAGCCGCUGCUGGAGGAAGUCACCACCGGGCCUGCCGCCUGA